UUGGGUGGAGGAGAGUCACAGUUCGCAAUUCAGCGAGGCUUGCCUGCUCCCCACACACCCUGUCCUCUCCUGUUCUCCAGCAUGGUGUCCUUGUAUUUCUCCGGACGCUCCUGGAUGGCAGCUCUGACAGUGAUACUGAUGGUGCUGAGCCCGCCCCUCGCUUGGGCCAGGGAGACCCAAUCACUUUUCAUGUUUCGGUUUAAGAGCGAGUGUCGUUUCUCUAAUGGGACAGAGCGGGUGCAGCUCGUGGAUAGAUACAUCUAUAACGGGGAGGAGUACGUGCGCUACGACAGCGACGUGGGCGAGUACCGGGCGGAGACCGAGCUGGGCCGGCGGACCGCCGAGUACUGGAACAGCCAGAAGGACCUCCUGGAGCAGAACCGGGCCGCGCUGGACACGUACUGCAGACACAACUACGGGGUUGUGGAGAGCUUCACGGUGCAGCGGCGAGUGGCGCCUACAGUGACUGUGUAUCCUGCAAAGACACAGCCCCUGCAGCACCACAACCUCCUGGUCUGCUCUGUGAAUGGUUUCUAUCCAGGCCACAUUGAAGUCAGGUGGUUCCGGAACGGCCAGGAAGAGGAGGCGGGGGUGGUCUCCACAGGCCUGAUCCGAAAUGGAGACUGGACCUUCCAGACCAUGGUGAUGCUUGAAACAGUCCCUCAGAGUGGAGAGGUCUACACCUGCCACGUGGAGCACCCCAGCCGGACCAGCCCUGUCACAGUGGAAUGGAGGGCACAGUCUGAAUCUGCUCAGAGCAAGAUGCUGAGUGGAAUCGGGGCCUUUGUUCUGGGUCUGCUCUUCCUUGGGGUGGGCCUGUUCAUCUACUUCAGGAAUCAGAAAGGACACUCUGGACUUCAGCCAACAGGACUCCUAAACUGAAGUGAAGAUAAUGACACUCAUAAGAGAAAGAACCUUCUGGCUUAGCUACUUUGCAGCAUGAAAGUGUUUCCUGUUGGGCUUUUAAUCCACAAAGGGAGUACUUUCUCAAGAUCUGGUUUGCUCCUGCAGAAAAUCUCCUCCCUGAUGGCUUCCUCAGCCCCUGCCCCUUGACCUGGAAAUCCGGAAUAUUGAAAGCAGUAUCCUAUCUUUAUUCUUUCCUGGUCCCUUUUAUAUUCAAGCCUUAUGGCCUCCCUUUCAUGUGAACACAUCUUUAACCCACAUUUCUUUACAAAGUUUUGCUCAAAUAAACGUGGAGUGAGAAGCA